GCGCACAACCAGAGCUGGGCUGGGGAAGCUGCGGGAUGCCCGGAUCGGCGCUGCCACUCUCGCCAGAUACCGUCGGGCGGCCCAGCAGUUUGUUGACUACCUUAGCGCCAUGAACCUGCCGUUGCCGUUCAGUUGGGAAGACAUGGAUGUCACAUUACAAGACUACCUUGAAUACUUGUGGGCCGAAGGUGCCACUAAAGGUCAAGCUAACGAUACACUGAGUGGAGUACAGCACCUGUUGAGGACGCGCCGGCAGUACCCAGGCGCGUGGAGAUUGCUGUCAGUCUGGGGGCGCCUGGAGUUGCCGCAGCGUGCGCUACCGAUGCCGCCGCUGGUGUGCAGCGCGCUCGCAGGCUGGGCGCUGGGCCGCGGAGAGAUCGCCUUCGCCGCGACGAUCCUCGCCGGCUUUCACUUCUGCCUUCGGACAGGCGAGGCUCCCGGCCUCUCCAGCGGCGUCAUCCAGCUCAAGCCUUGCGGCAGAGCUUGCGUAGAGGCGGGGCUACGCACGAAUAUUUGUUCUCAGACGACUUGCCUGAAGUGGUGCUUCGAGGUGUCGCAGAAGCUGGGCUCGGGCGCGUACGGGGAGGUCUUCCUCUGCGACGACGAGCGGGACAACUCGCAGGUCGCCGUCAAGUGGGUGAAGGACUUCGCAAGGGACCCAGUCUUCGGCAAGCGCAUCCUGCGCGAGAUCCGGAUCCUGGCUGCCCUGAACCACGAGAACUUGCUCAACCUCACCGACCUCCUCGACACCGGAGGGCCGGUUUUCGACGACGUAUACAUCGUCAUGCCCUACAUGCACCUGGACCUGCACAAGGUGAUCUACUCGAAGAUGAAGCUGUCCGAGUCCCACGCGCAGGCGUUCUCCUGCCAGAUCCUCCGGGGCCUGAAGUACCUCCAUGCUGCAGGUGUCGUCCACCGAGACCUGAAGCCCUCGAACAUCCUCGUGAACAAGGACUGCACGCUGCGGAUCGCCGACCUGGGCCUGGCUCGCGGGCGCAUCUUCGAGGAGGAGCAGCUCACCGACUACGUCGUGACGCGUUGGUACCGCGCCCCGGAGCUGAUGCUCUUCCCCUCGGGCUACUUCGAGCAGGUGGACCUGUGGUCGGCGGAGCCCCCAGCGGCCCCCAGGCCCAGGCGGGCAGCGACGGGCCGGCGCACGCCCCGGCCCUGUGCGAGGCCCCCCCUUGCGUCUCGCCCCCCCCCCCCCCGUUAG